AGGCGAACCCAGCGGAGCAGCGGUGUUCACUGGCUGGCUGCGGCACAGAGAUGUGGGGACCUCGCCAUCAAAAUCGGCAUCGGGUGAUGUACAGCUUGAGAUUUCUCCCAGACGCGACUGACCACUGACAUGGCACCCAUCAUGGAGGGCACGCACGCCGUCCUCCUGCUGUACGCACCCAUCCGUGAGCUUAGCAACAUCAGCCUCUACUUCCCCAAGAGGCGGGCCCCGAGCUUCAAGUACAAGAGCCGCGCCUCUCGUUCAGCAAGCGCGGGUAAUGACCAUGACUGGGAGAAGAAGAAUCCUGCAGCGUCCAAACAAAGAGGCCAGUCUUCUGACUCCGCUGGGAAAUUGUCUAACGCGCAGCGGGCGACGAAAGAAGCGGCUCAAGAGCUCUGCUGGCUGGCAGCUGAGCACCACCAGUUGCUGGUGGAACUGUUAUCGUUGUGUCGGAACUGCGCUCGCAAAGUCAGGAUGGGCAACCAAGAUGGAAAACUCGAUGAAUGCAUGGAAGGUCAGGAGGUUCACCCUGGAGGUCAGGACCUCAGCAGCAACAACUCCCUCCUGGAGCAGAGGAGAGUUGCAUCCAAGACUAAAAAGGUAAAGAAGGUGGGGGGAAAGAAAGUUGACGAUGCUGAGGAUUUGUUACGGAGUAAGAUAAAAAAGAGCGUUGGUAAAAGGCAUUCAUUUGCAGAGCUGCCAGCAAAGAACAAGCAAUCCACAACUCAUCAAGCAGAGAAAACCUCAAGAAGUGCAGUCUGCGAGUCUGAGAGCCCGGUGACUGACUCCUGUGUCAGAGCUGUCAGUAAUCCCACACUGCCGAUAGAUGAACCGUUGAUUGUUCCAAAGAGCUGGGACUUCACAGAGGACACCCAGACUUUUGACCCCGUCAUGGAUUUCUGCAGCGACUUCUCGGAGUGUGACGGUGAGCUCGGUUAUGGGUCGUCCUCCUGCAGCCUGAUGGAGGGUCUAAGCCGACGGCAAAGCGAAAGCAACCUGCGCCCUGUUAAAAGAUUUGACCCACCGGUCGAGGCGUUCUCUAAGAACGGUUCAUCAGUCAAGUCUGCUCAGCAGCUUUACAGCGAAAUCAACCAAAGGAACGCGGGAGUCAGGGUUGUUGCCAAAGUGCAGGAAGUGGAAGGGAAGCUUCUUCGUGUCAGUCAUGCAACACAAAUUCAGGAACAUUCAGGACUUUGUGGAAGUAAACAGGAGAAUGGAGAGUGGAAAGAACCAAAUGGAAACUACGUCAGCAAGGACAGAACCUCCAAACGUUCUGAGGGGCUCCACCUGCCUCUAUCCCACACCACAGAACCUUCAGCGCCAGUCAGAUUCCAUACAAAGAGCCCCUCUUCGCCGUCCCUCGCAGGGGUCUUCAACACGUCGUACCCGACUUCAAACAGCCUCCAGAGCAUGUCCCCGCUGCUGUCCCCUUUGUCUUCCAAGCAAGUGAGCCCGCAACUCAACCACCGGAUUGUUCUGCUUUCAGAUAAGGACGAAGACUUGGACCGAGACCGCUCCAGGAACGCAGACAAAGCCAAAAUCUUUUCCGACGUCACUGACAAGAAUGGCAACAAGCGGACCAUCACUCAGCUGGAGCUGGAUCUCAACGGGCCGCCGAGCAACUCUAAGAGGAACUCGUCCAGUAACUCCACAACAACAGAAGAUUCCCUCCUGCGCCAGGAUGAUAUUUGGAUGCUGGAUGGUGAUGAUACUCAGGAGGUCCUUUCCCGCAUCCCUCGUCCUGAUCGCCUGGACUUCCUGCGCAUCACGCCACCUGAGGAUGACAUCAUUGGGGACACACCUUACUACCCCAAGCUGGAGUGCACGACAGAGAUAUCCCCUGCAGAUAGUGAGGACCGGACUCCCGGGCGUCUGCAAGCUGUGUGGCCCCCACCCAAAUCUAAGGAUGAAGAGGAGAAGGUGGGGCUCAAGUACACCGAGGCAGAGCACCAGGCUGCCAUUUUACAGCUCAAAAGAGAGCACAAGGAAGAUCUGGAGAAGAUGCAUUCGGACUUACAGCUGAAAAUGUUCGAGGUGCGAGGGGAGCACGCCGUCACCGUGUCACAGUUGGAGGGGGUCAUUGCUGAGCUGCGAAGGAACAAGUCGCGCAGCGCGGCUCAGGACUGCACUCUGGUCUGCGAUGUGGCCGUGUCCACUGCGGAUGACGUUACCCUGAAGACGUGGCGCACCGUGGGGAUCCAGACCGACAGGGAGACGUUUAUUAAGAGCCCAGAGGGGGGUGGAGCGGCCCUCGCUCAAAGCCCCAACCAGAACCUGCCUAAAAAACUCAACUUGGACUCUAUUGAGCAGAAUUUUAAAUCGGAGACAGGCCUGGGCCCUUCUGGAAUACCACCACCCCCUCCUCCUCCUCCUCCUCCUCCUCCACCUCCAGGCCUUACAGGCAUACCUGUGCCACCCCCUCCUCCCCCUUUGCCAGGCCACACUGGUGCGCCACCACCACCUCCUCCUCCUCCUCCUCUGCCAGGAGGUGGCCCACCACCCCCACCACCUCCACCCCCUCCUCCUGGCCUACCUGGAGGCGGUCCACCUCCACCUCCCCCUCCUCCAGGCUGUGGCCCCCCGCCUCCACCACCUAUGGGCGGGUUUGGCCUGAAAGUGGAAAAUGCCCCAAGGAAACCUGUGGUGGAGCCCGCGUGUCCCAUGAAGCCUCUGUACUGGAACAGGAUACAGAUACAGGACAACAGCAACAACACACUGUGGGGUUCUCUGAAGGAGCCUGAUAUCGUCAGUGCUAACGAGUUCGAGGAUCUCUUUUCGAAGGCCGCUCUGCAGCAGAAGAAGAAGCCCCUGUCAGACACGUAUGAAAAGAAAGCCAAAACUAAGAAGAUUAUAAAGCUGCUGGACGGGAAGCGUUCACAGGCAGUCGGCAUCCUCAUAUCCAGCCUGCACCUGGAAAUGAAGGACAUUCAGCAAGCUGUUCUGAAUGUGGACAACUCUGUGGUGGAUCUGGAGACUAUUGAAGCUUUGUACGAAAAUAGGGCCACCAGUGAUGAAAUGGAGAAGAUAACGAAACAUUACGAGACUUCCAAAGAAGAUGAAGUGAAACUGUUGGACAAACCUGAACAGUUUCUCUACGAGCUCUCCCAGAUUCCUGACUUUGCAGGCCGAGCCCACUGCAUCAUUUUCCAGUCAGUGUUCCUCGACACUAUCUCCUCCAUACAUCGCAAGGUGGUGCUCAUCUCCGGUGUCUGCAAAGAACUGCUUGACUGUAAUAGCAUGCAGGAUGUAAUGGGUCUUGUUCUGGCCUUUGGAAACUAUAUGAAUGGAGGGAACCGGACAAGAGGUCAGGCUGAUGGUUUUGGGUUGGAGAUCCUCCCUAAACUUAAAGAUGUCAAAAGCAAGGACAAUCGCAUCAAUCUAGUGGAUUAUGUUGUUUUAUACUACCUGCGCAACUUUGACAAACAUGCCGGCACAGAAAAGAGCGUGUUCCCUUUGCCUGAGCCUCAAGACUUCUUUCAGGCUUCACAGGUCAGGUUCGAUGACCUAGCCAAAGACAUCAGAAAACUAAAGAAAGAUCUAACUGCUUGUGAGAAGAACGUUCAAACUGUGUGUACGAACUCAUCAGAGGAACACCUGCAGCCCUUUAAGGAAAAGAUGGAGCUCUUCAUAUCUGCUGCUCAGAAGGAGCAUUCUGCUGAAGAUGAUCGACUCAACGCAGCUCAGAAAAGCUUCCAGGAUGUGGUGAGCUACUUCGGAAUGAAGCCAAAGUCCGGGGAGAAGGAAGUGGCUCCGAGUUACGUCUUCAUGCUCUGGUACGAGUUCUGCAACGACUUCAAGAACUCGUGGGUCCGACAAAGCAAGACCAUCUCCAAGGAGAGGUUGAAGGAAGCUCAGGAAAAUAUUAAUAAGAUUACAGCAGACAAAAGAGUGGAAACCAAGAAGAUUAACGCCAACAGCCUGAAGGAGAGGCUGCGGCAGAAGGAAGCCAGCGUGUCCUCCAGCUGAGUCGAAAGGCGAGUGACGACAGAAGAAGCAGGAGAAGCUCCGUCCAUCUUGUUUUCCACCUGAUUCAUAAUAACAGGAUCAAACGUCACUGGAUGUGUCGGUUCAACCAA